GCGUCACAGCAACCGCCCCUCCUUCUUUUCCACGACCACGACAACGAGCACUUCACCGUCAAAUUUUCCCGCUCUCUCCCUCUCAGGCAACGAAGCCGCACUAGACAACUUCCAAACGCCAAAGCGACACAUUCGCCAUGCCCAAGAACAAGGGAAAGGGUGGUAAGAACCGCAGAAGAGGAAAGAACGAGAACGACAACGAGAAGCGUGAGCUCACCUUCAAGGAGGAGGGCCAGGAAUACGCUCAAGUCGUCAAGAUGCUGGGUAAUGGCAGACUGGAGGCACAAUGUUUCGACGGCGAGAAGAGACUGGGACACAUCCGUGGCAAGCUGCGAAAGAAGGUCUGGAUCAACCAGGGCGACAUCAUCCUCCUGUCGCUGCGUGACUACCAGGACGAGAAGGGCGACGUCAUCCUCAAGUACAACGCCGACGAAGCACGAAGCUUGAAGGCCUACGGCGAGCUGCCCGAGUCGGCCAAGAUCAACGAGACCGACACAUACGGCGGUGAGGAAGAGGGCAUCGGCUUCGACUUCGGCGAGGACGAGAGCGAGAGCGGCGGCGAGGUCGACAUUGACGACAUUUAAGCGAACAAAUGGCCGCUGGCGAUGCAUAGACGGAUCGGCCAGGCGGCAUUCACGAUUACAACCAGCGUUGGGCGUCUUUUUCUUUCACGAGCAUCUUCCUUCAAACUGGGUCUGACGCCGCCGGAUUGGCAAAAAUGAAGUUUCUUUUUACUACUCGAUUCUACUACCUGACGAAUGCAACGCAUAGACGACAACAAUAUAUUGAGAAUAGAGUAGCUGGAAAGUGAUGUGUUUUUCGACAUGGACUUGAUGUGAUUGCAUUAUUCCGACGGUGAUUGGGCAGCAUCACCAAGGUGAAGGCAAAAUUGGAGUGCGGAAGCGGCGGGCUCGGCGGGUCGGACGCGUGUGUGAG